AUGGAAGUUGCUCUUCGUGUGUCAGAUGAGGACCCGACAGAUGAAGCUAAGUUGAAUUCUAUGAAGGAGGCGUCAGUUUCUCUUGAUAAUGUCCGUAUGAAACAUGUUAUUAUGCUAAAACAAAAGUCAAGGAACAAGUGGUUGGUUGAGGGUGUGAGUAAUACUGCUUUUUUCCAUGCAAACAUUCAAACUCGUAGGAGUAAUAAUGUGAUUUCUGAAUUAGUUGAUGAGAAUGAGGAGGGUGUGGUGAUGGAUGCGAUUCCUUCUUUGGAGGAAAUUAAAGUCGUUGUUUUUGACUUGGGUGUUGAUAGUGCGCCAGGCCCAGAUGGGUUCUCUGGUUGUUUUUACAGGCAUUGUUGGGAUGUGAUUCAACAAGACCUUUUCAGUGCAAUUCUUGCUACAAGGCUUGGUGGUGUUCUUGAUAGACUUGUUUCGGAAAAACAAGUUUCUUUCAUGCAGGGUAGCAACAUUCAUGAGAAUAUUAGCGUAGCCUCUGAAAUUGUGAAUGAGUUAAAAAGCAAGCGGAAAGAUGGUAACGUGGGUCUCAAGUUAGAUAUUUCUCAAGCUUUUGACACGGUUAGCUGGUCUUUUGUCUUGGAGGUUUUUCGUAGAUAUGGUUUUUCAGAAAAUUGGUGUUCUUGGAUUUUGAAUAUCCUCAGUUCAGCUCGCGUUUCAGUUCUUAUUAAUGGCAGUCCUGAAGGCUUUUUCAGUAUCAAUAGGGGGCUUCGCCAAGGCGAUCCUUCGUCUCCUCUUAUUUUUGUGCUGAUAGAAGAUGUUCUUAGUAGAAACCUCACCAAGCUUUUCCUCAACAAGAGUGUGACUCCUAUGUUGUCGAAAAAAGGUAUUUCCCCUACUCAUCUGUUUUUCGUUGAUGACGUUAUGAUUUUUUGCGAAGGCAAUAUGAAGAGUUUUCAUAGUUUACUCGAUUUACUUGGUAAAUAUCAAGCUUCUUCUGGGCAGACGGUUUCUCGUCAAAAGAGUAAGGUGUAUUAUGGUGGAAAUUCUUUGAGUCGGUGUAGAACUAUCAUGGAUUUAUUGGGUAUGGAAGUCUCAAAUUUUUCGGAUAGAUAUUUAGGUGUUCAAAUUAUGCCAGGGGACGCUGAAGUUUGUCGUAAAGUUGUUAUUGCUUAUGAUAAGGUUUGCAGCCCGGUGAGGGAAGGUGGCUUAGGCAUUACCAAGCUUGUUCUUACCAAUAAGGCUCUUCUUAUGAAGCUGUGGUGGAACAUUCAGACUUCUAAGAAGAAAUGGGCUCGUUUUCUUUACGCUAAAUACACCAAUAGGAGGGAUAGAACUAAGAAGUAUGAAGUGAAUUCCUCCAUUCUGUCGGGUAUCAAACAAGUUUAUAGAGAGGUGAAAUAA